AUAUGGUCUGCCUUUGAGGCUUUCAGAUUUUAAUUUACUCACUGGGAUGCUCUGGUUCCUGACUCUCAGGAUGGCUUAGGAUCCAAACAGUUGGAAAUCCUACUGUUUUAAUUUGCAAAUGUAACUGGGAAUCUUACCAGUAUCUCUUUAUUCCGUGUUCUAUUUUUUUUUUAAUUUCUUGUUGGUCCAUAUUGAACUGACCUUAUUGUGCAUCUUCAGAGCCUUUUUUUAAGAUCCCUGUUGCCAAUCAGUAACAUGGAUAAAUGCAUGUUUGAAUCACUUCUUAAAUAUAUAGUGAAGAACUGAAGACUGAGAGCAUGGCAUGUUUAAAAGGGGUAUGGAUGAGGGAGAAGGCAGAUGAAGAACAGAACAACAGAAGGGCAUUUUUCAACUGCAAGGUUUUUAUUCAAUCUUUGUAACUUUCUCUAAAAAGCUUUUGUUUGCAUACAAGGUACAGUGUUAAAAAAAAAUUAUGGGUCUACUUUUUUUUUUUAAAUUUGUUUAAGCAAUCACCAGUAAGAUAACAUUUUUCAUUAAUGUUGCUUCAGGGGAAUUAAGUUUCUGAUGAUACCUGUAAUGUAUUGCAAGGUUUGACUUUGGGUUGUGUAGCAAAGUAUCUGUUGAACUUUUAAAUAAAUACCUUGUAUUCAUUGAAGUCAUAAAUUAGUAGAAGUCUGUUAACUCUUUCCAAAGGAAAUGGUAAAACCAGUUUUUCACACCUGCCUUACUUUUGGCUGCUAUUAAAGUUCUCUGAAAUGUUCCUGAUUGCUGACUGUUUGCUUUCUCAGAGCGGUGUCAUAUAUCUUGGGUAACUGGAUUUUGCAAGAGCUGAAAAGACAAACCACUCCCUUUUGGGUGCCUAGGCACAUGCCUCCCAGCUUGACGAAUGCAAGCAGCCUUGACCAGCUUGUAAAGUGUGAGACUGAUGCUGCUGGGUUCGGGGUUUGGAAGUACCGUCCUUGCUUGUUGGAAAUCAUGGUUUGAAUAUCUUUUUAAGCCCUCAGGAGCACAGAUUCACACUUCUUCCUUCUGGGAGAAGCAUGUGUGUGUGUGUCUGAGUGUUGAAGUGUGCCAGCCUUUGUGUCCUUCAGAGGACUAUUGCUUAGGUUGGGGAGGUGUUUGAGAAUCAAGGGGUAUUCAGUCUUGCCAUCGUAGCAAAGGUUCAGGGAAUGUGUAGAAGCACAACUCCAGGUGACUAGGGGAAGAAGCCUUUUACAACAGGCGUCUGUACCUUGACGUGAUCUGGUCUUUGGCCCUUCUGACUUAAAAGGUAGCUAAGGUGCCACCUUUUAAUUCAUCUCUACCUGGUACUGUACCAAGUGCAAGUCAUUUAACCUUUCCAGAUGGGUUGUGUUGGCUGUGUCUAAUUGUGCUUGGCUUAAUUCCUACUUGUUACCAAUGUAAGAUGCAAGGCUGGCUAUAUCAAAACAGAACAGUAAAUAAUACCUAUCUCUAGGCUAAAAUUGGAGACCUACCUUGUGGCUGAGGACUGACUGAAGUUGUGGUAGCAGACAAAAUGACAUUAUCACAGGAAACCUUGUAAGCUCAUGACAAACACGUUGCAGGACUGUGGAAAAAAUUAGUGACCAAAGCUCUUCCAAAGCAGCCUUGUGAGUAAAAGGUGUGUUAGGAAUUGCUCUUCUGUUAUGAUAAACUACUUGCUGUAAAUUGCUGGCUGUUGGAGGUGAGCCAAUACUAAGAGAGGCAACAGUGAACAUGGCAGAAAGUUUAGCAGACAGCUCUCACCCCUUACAAUGGGUGCAUUCUGUAAAGAAAAUAGUAUUACUUGCUCAUUGAGCUUUUCAGCUGUGCAAGAUACUGUCAGUAGUGUUGUCUUUGAUUUAUGGAGGGUAAUACGUUAACUUGACCAGAUUUUGAUCAUGGAUUUUUUUUUUUUUUUUUGGUCUUUAAAAUCUCAAUCUAUUAAAUACAGAAGAGCAGAAGAUGCCUUCUCCAUGAGGAGGAAAGAUACAAACUACACGGGUGUGAUUCAUCUGUGUGGACUCCUGGCAAAGGUGGCAAUCUGGCAGUUUUGUGGGUGUGUUUUGUAACUUGUUUUGUCUUUUUGCAGUGCAACACCUUUAUUGUCAUCUGCAGAUUCUUCAAUGUUAAUCCAGUUGGGCAAGAGAAGAAGCAGGCUGAUGCCCAAGGUUAUUUCUUCAUGGGAAAACUGAAUGCAUCAGAGCACUCAAGCAACACUGGGUAAGACCGUAAGAGUGGGACUGGGGCACAAUGGCAGCAGAUGAAUGGUUAGACACUCGCCUGUGGUAUCUUGAGGAUCUCUGGCUGCAUUGAUUUUGCUUACAGUAGAACCCAGACUUCUAAAAACAGAGGAAAGCAGUAAAUGGGAGGCGAUGGAUGUGAGGGUAGCCCACUGUCUCCUCCUUUGGGCUGUGCACUUCGUGGCCGCGCCGCGCGCUGCUCUCGGGGUUGUCCGUAAGGAAUCAAAGACUGGUAAUCAGCAAGAUGGCUGUAUAAAUCUCAUUCCCUGCAAAGAUAACGGAGCUAUUUGUAUUCAGCCUUGUUCUCCCUCCUUCCAUGGGGAGACAAGCUUCGUCUGUGCAGACAGAAAGUGGCGAAUGUUCACAGACGCCUGUGCAAGCCUGGAUGUUCAGUCCCUUUUUCAGAGGAUUUCUGAACGUGAUCUCCUUCCAAGCUCUGGAGGACAUGUUAGUGUUGCUGGAGGACACCUUCCUUUUGUAGGGGAAGGAAAGCCAGCACAUGGGAGGCCUGGAGAUGGAGCAAAAUAUUUUGGUGCUGAUGACCAUGGGAAUAGUAACUGCCAAGCUGAUUUUUCAUGCAUCAUCCCAGAUAUCCUGUCUUCACCAGCCAUUCCAGGAAACAUUGCUGAUAUAGUAGAAUUGCUAAAGAAGAUUUCCCUGCUGUUAUCAGAGAAUGUCAAUAGAAAAAAAAUGCAGAGUUACAGCAGGAUAGCAAACCAUAUUCUGAACAGCUCCAUCAUUUCCAACUGGGCUUUUGUAAAGGACAGAAACGCCAGUUCAAUAUUACUGGACUCGGUGAAUUUAUUUGCAGGGAAACUUCUUCUAAGGAAUGGGUCGGAAAGUGUACAGGAGCACUUCAUCUCUAUAAAAGGCUACAGCAUACAUAAAAAUACUUCAGGAAAGAGCUUUGAUUUUGAUAUGGAGUUCAGUAACACAGGAGAUAUCACUGGGCAUGUGGUCAUUCCAGAAGAAGAGCUUCUGAAGUUACCCAAGACUUCCAAAGCCAUCAGCAUUGCACUUCCAACGCUUGGAGCCAUUCUAGAAACCAACCGGUUGGACCCUGUUUUUGUGAAUGGAAUGGUGUUGUCGGUGUCUCUGCCGGAAGAGCUUCAGCAUAUUUUGCUCAUCUUCGAAAAGGUGAAUAAACUGGAGAAUGUCAAGUCUCGGUGUGUUGGGUGGCACUCUACUGAAAGGAGAUGGGAUAACAGGGCGUGCAAAAUGAAGUCUGACAACAUCAGCAGUGUUGUUUGCAUCUGCAAGCAUCACCGUCGGACAUUCAAAUCCUUCUCCAUUUUGAUGUCCCCCACCAUGCUGCGAAAUGCAGUGCUGGAUUACGUUACACGUGUAGGGUUGGGCCUUUCCAUUUUCAGCUUGAUUCUCUGCCUUGUCAUCGAGACUGUUGUCUGGCAUCACGUUACAAAAACUGAAAUAACCUACAUGCGCCAUUUUUGUUUGGUCAACAUUGCUACAUCGCUUCUCAUUGCAGAUGUUUUGUUCAUCUUCGCGGCUAUUGUGCACAAUACAGCCCUAAACUACCAGUUGUGUGUAGCAGCCACUUUUUUCCUUCACUUUUUCUAUCUUGCCAUGUUUUUUUGGAUGUUUACCCUGGGCCUCUUGAUUCUCUAUGGAUUAUUAUUAAUUUUUUUUAAGAUAACGAGAUCUGUAUUCAUAGCUACAGCAUUCUCUAUUGGAUAUGGAUGUCCCUUGGUCAUAUCUAUCCUCACUGUUGCUAUUACUGAACCAAAAAAUGGGUAUUUGAGGAGUGGAGCCUGCUGGCUCAAUUGGCAUGAAACGAAAGCCCUUUUGGCUUUUGUUGUACCCGCUCUGGGCAUCAUCGUUGUGAAUGUGGUGGUGGUGGUGGUGGUCGUGGUGAAGACUGGGAGAUCCUCUGUUGGAGAAGGCUGCAAGUCACAAGAUUUGAGCAACAUGAUCCGAAUUAGCAAAAACGUGGUCCUUCUGACACCUCUUCUGGGUCUCACCUGGGGGUUUGGAUUAGCAACAAUUGUCGACAGCCGCUCUCUGGCAUUCCAUGUUACGUUUGCGCUCCUGAACGCCUUCCAGGGGUUCUUCAUCCUGUUGUUUGGAACACUUCUGGACAGAAAGACAAGAGAAGCCUUAAGGAUGAACUGCAUUUCAUCAAAGUGGAAGUGUAGUCUAGCAAAGGUAAAGUUUGGGGUUUGGUUUUUUUUUUUUUCCUCCCUUAAUGGCUUAAUUUAAAAUUUAUACCCGACUUACACACCUUCUUAUUUGUAUAUGGAGAGAAUGGAACUAUGCACUAAAUCUUACUAGUUUAAAGUUUUUCUAAGGCAAGUGCUUGCUGAAGGAAAUACCUGUAUCUCAAAAGAAUGUUCAGGUUAUUAAGCUUCUAAAUAUUAGCAGUGGCAAUCUGUAGAUUUUUGUGAAGUCUACAUAACCUACUGCUCUGUUACGAAAUUAAAAAUGGUAUUUUAAUCUAAUCUCUUCACCUGUAGAUAUCAAAGCCCUUUAAGUAGAGAAUGCCUAUGACUUUUUUCCCAUCUGUAAAAUAUAUCUACUCUAAGGUUACUGACUAAGUAAGGAACAGAAUUAAGAGUCCAAAAUCCCAAUAUAAUGACCUGUUUGCCACCUUCACAAAAAUACGGAUCUGUACGACAGCAGGGCUGCUCUAGGAUGUCAGAGGAUUGUUCUGCUUCCAGCUGAAUGUCAGCUCAGCGUGGAAACCAUUUGGAGCCCAGCCAGUACGUUUGGUGCUAAUCAAUGUUGUGUACUCAUAAGAGCUUGAGUCUUUUUAAAUAUCAGGGCAAUUCAUUAAAAGGAAAUGUUUAAACCGUAAGGAAACAACUGUGUUUCAGCAGCUUCCUAGGAAAACAUAGGCAGAAUUGAUGUGUUGACAUCAUUGAGUUAGUGUUUCCUACCUCUGCUGGAAAACUUUUAUCUACUGUUUGUUAGAUUUCUUUUGGUACCAAGGCUUUAAUGGUUUCACGCUGUAUUUGUAAAAGGGAAUCCCCUUUAGCUGUCUCACAAGAAUCGUCUGCAGUGCUCCUGCUAUCCGCCAAAAGAAACUGUGUCAGUUCAGUUUGGACUUUGGAAAAAUAAAGAUAUUUCCUUACUUUUCUCUGGUUUAUUUACUAAUCAGUCCUGAUUCUAGUAUUGAAAGCUGCAGAGUGUCUUUUAGUGACAGUGUGUCCAAAUGUCCUUGGUUUCUGAGGAAAAAAUAGAGGGGUUAAGGAAACUGUACCUCCUUUCUGCUGUCAGCGUUGCCUGGUGUGCUUUGGGUCAUUCGGUGCAAGAGAGGCUGCGUGUUUGUACAACUUCUGAUUCCUCUGCAUCCCUCUUCUCCAGUUUGGUCUUCAGUUGCAUCCAGCACUGAUAUUAUGUGCCAAGUUUAAAUGCAGUGCAGAAGGUCCUCUCUUAAAACAAAACAACCACAGAAAAACCAUCCAAAGAACCCCAAACAAACGCCCUCCCACAACAAAACAUAACCCAAAACAAAGCCCCAAAAUGAAAAACAAAUAACAAGACCCAAACCCAAAACUUGUGCUAAAAUUAACUAUUUCCUACCCAAGAGAGGGGAAAAAAAAGAGAAGGGAAGCAUUUGAGAUUGCUCCAUAUUUAAUAAACAGAGGUUACAAUUCCUGCUUUUACAGAUCCAGGAUCCAAAUAGCAGUGAAGAUGUGAAACAACAGGCUGUAGGUCAGGAUUGAAAGUUAAAAUUCUUUCAAGUCACCACCAAUAUAAUAUUCUGGAAACAACAGGUGGAAAUAUCACUAAUCCCAUGACUCGGCAACAUUUACUAUAAAAGUAUUAAGUGAUCUCACUGGGCAAAACUUGAUGUGGAAACUAUGGCUGCAUGUGCCCAAGAACUUGGGUCAAUGUCACUCACCUGGGUGGAAGAGACCACAUGUAGGUGUUUACCAUUGUGUAACAGAGAAGAGGAAAAUGUUAGUCAUCCACUUUUGUAAACUUGGAUGUAAAUAUGGAACUUGACUCAUGAGAGCUGGAAAAGUUUGUCACACCUGAAAUGAUUGUUUAAAAAAAAAAAAAAAAAAAAACUUGUUUCACAGAGCUUCAGAAUGGGACACUGUAUCUGGGGUUUUAAUGGUGAGUAUGUAAAACAUCUAGAAGGGUUAUGCAGAAUUUUGCUUCAGGUCUCCUACUUUCUUGUGACUCUUAAGAGCCUUUCUUCUGGGUCAGAUUUUAGGAUGAUCAUCUUGUGGUGUUUCUCGCAGGACUCUGAGGCACCUCCUGUUUGAAAUGGAACCUCCACCUACAUGGAUGAUUACAUCUAACCUCACCCGCUGAUGUGUUUUCUCCUAGUCCUAGCAGUGCACAGUUGUCUUCAGUGGAUCUGACCAGUGAGAGGAAAAGGAGCACUUCUUACACAGAAAUCCUGGUUUGAGAUGAACCGAAGUGGCUGACCAGCUCGGAGCGUGGAGAGCGCUGUCUUGGAGCAUGACCGUGGGAAGCAUCGUGAAAACCAGAAGAGAAAAGGCCCUGAACCUGCUGUCAGGAGCAGGAAACCAUCAGUGUUGGUGCAACCCUUGGAGGAAACACGCUGAUACAUGAAGGUUGUUUCUUAUCUUUGUGAAAACUGCUGUGAGGAGAGUUUGUCCUCGUUUGCCAUUUCAGUGCUUCAGUUUCUUUCUUUUUUUUUUUUUUGUCAGUGCAAUAAGGAGCUGUACAGCAUGUGGAGCUGUUCUAAAAUUAUUUAAUUUUUAAUGUGAUAUACAAAUGUUGAGUGUUAUCUAGCUGGUUUUGGCUGUCUCUGAUCAAAAGUGAUUCUAUUAGGUGGCACUGUAUUCAUCAUUUCCAUUUGUCAUCCCUUGACUGAUGGACAACGUAACUAUUUCUGCAUUACAGCUGUUCUCUCCAUCUCAGUACUUGUGUGUCAGAGAAAUUGUACAAAGGCCUUUUUUGGUCUGUCAGGACAGAAUUUUCAUUCUUUUUCCAAUCCUGCAAGACGAUGAUAGAGAUAAACAAGAAAGAGCACUCUGCAAAUAAUUAGUUUCCCUCUUUAGAUGUGGGAAAGCAAGCUUUGAAUGUGCUUCAGAGUUGAAUCAAGUGGAUGGAGAUCUCCUGUGUCCUGUGCAAUGUGCUAACAAAGGAAAUGCCUUGUCCAUGUGUGAUGGUGUAUCUGGUUUCAUUAGAAAAUCAGUCCUUGGUCUGAGAAACCCUUUCUAAUGAAAGCUUUGAUAGAAACAUUAUUGUCUCUUGUCAGGACAAAUCAAUGCUUUCAAAUGGCAAUAAAGUUGAAGUUUUGUCAUC